ACGAAGAAGACGAAGUCGGUCGGAGUCUUCGAUUUCCCAGAUCUGUUGUCGAAAAGAAUUUCAGAAAUAUAAAUAUUUAUAUUUCUUAUAUUGUAGCACCAUGGUCAUCCGUUGCUGUUUCAUCUGUGUGUUUGCGAUGCUGAUGAUAAACAAAGUGUGUCUGCAGGAAACAGUAACGGCUGUUAUUGGCGGUUCUGUUCUCCUGCCGUGUUCUUCCACUGAACAUGAUCUGAAACCUCAAGACACUGAUGUACUUUGGAGACACAAUGGCAGCAAGAAUGUGUAUGAUAUAGUCAAGGGUAAAGAAUCACUAGAGUUCCAGGACCCUCGUUACAAGAACAGAGCUGAAAGAUUGCCUGAUGAGUAUGAGAAAGGAAACUUCUCCAUCAAACUCAACAAUCUCACUCACACUGAUGCUGGAAAAUACAUUUGCUACAUCACACUCUCAUCUGAGCCUCAGUCUGUACAGCUGAUCAUCAACGUGUCAACAGCAGGAAACGAAAGUAAAUCCACUGAAAAAGGAAGCCCAGAAGAUGAAACUGGAUCAGUCAGUGUGGAGACAUCAUCCAGCUGGUUAUUCUUUCUGUUAAUUGUACCAAUAAUUAUACUGGCUAUAAUAGGCUAUUUAAUUUUUCUUUGCUAUAGAAAAAAAAAGCAAGCUCUCUCAUUCUCUUUUGUCUGUACUGAAGACAAAACACAGUGACUCAAAUUACAUUUCAGGCCUAAAAGUUUCAAUUUUAUUUUAUUUUUUUACAGCUGUCAUUGGGUCUUUCUGGUGCUUGCGACUUUGUUUUGAGCUGUUAUAUUAUUGCCUUAUACACUGUUGUUGCUGAAUGAGAUCUUCAAACAUCGAAACAGUAGCUAUUUUCUUAAGGUAAAGGACCAAUAAGUCUUUCAAUGUUACUGCCUUAAAUCUGAACAAGUGUACUUCAUGUUGUAUCUAUCUA